UCUCAGCUAUUUUUAUCACCGACCGACCACACAGUACGUGGCUACCUGCAUAUUGAGGCCUGACAACUGUGAUCAUGCAUUCGGUUGAACAUGGUAUUUAAGCAACGAGGCAAACCAUCACCAAAAUGAGAGACAUCACCGAGCUGCCUCGUGACAUUUUCCUCUUUAUUAUUUGGUAUCUCUCGCCUCGCGCUUGCGUACGCUCCCGCGCCGUUAGUCGCCGAUGGUACGCCGCCUUCACGAGCGAAGAUAUCUCACUGCUUCUCUUGCGCUGGAAUAUUCCCCGGUGUCGUGAAUUACGUUUAGCUGCUGCUGUCGCAUCAGGGUCGAUCUUGUCGGCCAAACUCCCCGCAAAUGUGAAGGCCGAACUCGAAGAUAUUGCCGAGCAUCCCUACAACUGGUCGUCGACCUUCGCCGAGGUGGCUCGCCGAUAUCACUAUUUGAAUAAAGGUCGUCCACGGGUCGUUGAGAAGCUCGAGUUGGCCGCGAGUAGCCAGGAACAUGGGUCCAUCUUCUCGUUUUGGGGCGUCGCACAUUGGAACCGGUUCCUGCGCGUGAGCUACGGGACUUGUAACUUCCAUUACCCUGAUCCGGUCUGGUGGUACAGCCAGGAAGACGGAGUGUUGGUGUACCCAGCCGCCUUGGAAGUCCCGCCAGAUCGUUGUGACGGGCGCAUUUAUCAUAUCCUCGACCUCGCCACUGGCCAACGGGUCCCUGUUCCCUUUGACGUCCGCGCAAGGCACGUUCGUCGAGUUCGGUUAGCCCAAGGGGUGCUCAUUUUUGAGUGGGCAGAAGCACUGCCAUACCACCAACUAAAUGACCGAGAGGUCGUGCAUCGCCAUUUUGUCACGGCUUACGACGUCAUUCGCAAGCCCUCCGGCCUUGCCGCUGGAAGAACAUGGGCAGUCGAGUUCCGUUCCGAGUGGAAGCUGCAUUUUCUCGGCUUGCCCCUGAACCGCUCUGAUCGCUUCUUCUCGGCACACACCGCCACCCACUACGCCGUGUACUUCUGGCAACCUAACCGCUCACUCUAUCAGGAUGAUCCUAUCGAGCAGCUGGCUGUUUGGGAUAUCUCGUCGCCCAGCCCGUACCGACCAUCAGAAGAUCCCCACGGCGGCAAGCGGCCAACCGUCGCCCGAGCACCAUCCUUACCAACUGGUUUGUGGAACGGGCAGAAGAGAACGUCAGCUGGCAGCAAUAUACGCGGGUUUGUUGACUCCAGCGCAGAUUUGAAACCGUCCAGGAGGGCCUCAUUGGCAACUGCUACCGCUGGGCCUCAGGUUGUCCGACGUAUGGCUUGGCGCGAGCUGGACUUUUACGGUUUACGCCAACGAGCAACACCACGACUCAGGAGCUUGGCUUUGGAUAGCCAGAAUCUUUAUGUGAUAGAAGAAGAGCACCGCUGGGCAGAUGGCCAGCAUAGCUCCCUGAGCCCACCCCGUGUGCAUUUGGUUCGAAGCACCGGAAUCCCAGUUAUCCCGGCGCCAACCUCGGUCACUCAGGGAGCCUGCAAGAUUGCUGCUCGGUCAACUACCGAUCUCGCCGGGGCUGGCCAACCUGACCUCCAGACGGCUACCCUGUCCAACAUCGUUGACGGGCCGGUCAACGGUCCCAUGUGGGUCGAUACAUGUGGUGCAAACGGGGAUGUCGACAUGAACUUUUGCUGGCGUAUGGCAAACACCAACGGCAGAAGACCGAGCAUGCCACAUGGUGUGUGGCUCGCUCCAACUACGGGACGUCACCAGGAAAACUACGACGAUCGGCCGCAACCACGAUCAUCACCGAGUCCUGUGGGCUGGCCAUGGGCACUCGGUGAAACGGGCUCGUCAAGCCCCCUAAUCGCGACCGAAUCGACUCGCUGGCCUGGCUGGGCCCCUUGCUGGCGCCACGAAGAUUUCCCUUACCUAACCAUCUCGGAGAUGGUGGACUUUGCCGCUGGUGUGCGGGUAACGGCCCGUCACAGCUUCAUGUUUGAGGGCUUAUCGGUCUAUAUCCGCCCGGCCGUUGUAGUUAAAAGUACCGCGACGGCGAUGGUGGACCAAAGCAAUGGACUUGCGGGGAAUACUAAGCGGCGUCCUAGCGCUACGAAGGCGGUUGCAGCGAGAAGCAAGGAAGCUAUAUUCCCGAACCAGAUGUGGUCUGAUCUCGCCGCUAAGGGGCAUAUUGCUGGAGAUGAGCGGUGGAUUGUGGGAGAGGAUGAGAAGGGGAGGAUUACUGUGGUGCGCUUCUGAACGAUACCACAGCCACCGAUAAUCUUCAGAGUAGAUCUUGGGAGGCUUGCUCCUUAUAGGUGCUCCAUUGGGAAAUCAAGACGACCUCCUCUCACGCCUUAUCCACGUCAAGAAAAACACCAUCAACUCUCCAAAGCCAAACCACGCCGAGGGAAUCACAAGUUUACUUUGCAGGUUUACUUGCUGCCCGAAAAGCGCCUAAUAUGGCUGUCACGCGAAUGGCCGACUCAGCUCAUUUCUAAUUGGGAGGGGGGCCUGA